AUGGAAGAACAAAUCGUCUCCGCGAUUCAAAUCGCUUAUGACCCCGCCGCCGACCCAGCCCUCAAGCGGCAAGCCUUUGACUAUGUCAAUCAGUUGAAACAAGAACCCUCAGCGUGGCAACCCUGUCUUUCCCUUUCUAUUCAAUUACCACGUCAGCCUCCGGUCAUUCGAAUUUUCUCUUUAGAGACUGUCAACAAUGCUUUGCAAGCCGGUUUGGUAGACGAACAAGGCUUGAAGUUAAUUAAAGAGCAAUUGCUCUCAUACCUACAAAAAUGCUACGGGCCUGCGAGUCACUCCCAAGAUGAGACGCCCGACUCUGGGGUAAUCGUCAACAAACUUGCUCAGACGAUCACCAACCUAUUUUCCGCCUCUUACGGAUCGGGUUGGGAAUCAUGCUUUGAUGAUCUCUUGGCCCUUACAAUAUCACCCUCCGGCUCAAGAGACAACUAUGCUGGGAUAGUGUUUUAUUUGACCGUUCUAAAUUCUAUUCACGAUGAGAUCGGAGAUAUAUUGCUCUCGAGGUCACCUGCUGAGCAAGACCGAGCCAAUACCUUGAAGGAUUUAAUCCGUGAACGAGAUGUCCAAAAAAUCGCUCAGUCCUGGCAAGCCAUACUUGCUCAAUGGAGAACCUCCAAUGACGCCAUUGCAGAACUCUGCUUGAAGGCUGUCGGUAAAUGGAUUAGUUGGGUCGACAUCUCAUUUGUUGUUAAUCAACAGAUGCUGGAACUCUUGUUCCAGCAAUUAGAACGGGCUCAAAAGCUCGACCUCCGAGAUGGAGAAGAAAAGGCUCGAGACGCGGCCAUCGAUGUCUUCACAGAGACUGUAGCCAAGAAGAUGCCUGCCGCGGACAAGGUUAACAUGAUCGGCUUUCUGAAUCUGGAGAUUGUUGUCUCCCAACUCGUUGCAUGCCCGCCUCUCAGUGACAGCCGAGCAUCCAAUUACGAUGUAGAUCUCGCCGAGACCGUUGCAAAGCUUGUCAACACCACGGUCCUGGAUAUUGCAAAAGUCCUAGAAACUGAGAACCAGAGUUCCCCAACUUGGACUAAAGCCGAGCAAUUACUGGCCUCAUUCCUGCCUCACCUACUUCGAUUUUUCUCUGAUAUCUUCGACGAAGUAUGUUCUACUGUCCUUACCGCCAUGAAUGAUGUCUUGUCAUUCCUUCGUCGGAGAGGGCAAGGAGAGGCAGCCUCCGCUCAACGUGCAGCCAUGCUCCUGCCCAUCCUGAAGGCAAUCUUCUCAAAAAUGCGAUAUGAUGACACGGCAGACUGGGGCCAAGAGGAGGAGCAGACUGAUGAGGCUGAAUUUCAAGAUCUGAGGAAGAGGCUUGCAAGUCUUCAAUCUGUCAUUUCUGGUGCUGACGAGCAGCUCUAUAUUGAAGCCAUCUCUAACUUGGUGCAUGAAACCUUCGAGAGACUUAGGACCGAAAGCAUUCAAUUGAACUGGAGAGAUCUUGACCUAGCAUUGCACGAAGUCUUCUUGAUGGGCGAGCUGGCUGUAAAGGGAGGUGGGCUCUAUCAAAAGAACAAGCCGAAUUCUCCUGCUGCAGAAAAGCUCAUAAGAAUGAUGCUUGAAAUGGUUCAAUCUAACACUGGUUCUUUCCCCCACCCAGCUAUUCAGCUACAAUAUAUGGAAAUCUGCGUCAGAUACAGUACUUUCUUUGAGAAAAACACUGAACACAUUCACUCUGUGUUACAAAAUUUUCUACAACUCGCACAUCAUCCAAGUCUAAAAGUCAAGGCUCGUGCAUGGUAUCUCACCCAACGCUUAAUCCGACAAUUACGAAUGCAAAUAGGAGGAGCCGCUGAAGCCGUGGUCCAGCGCUUGCAGGAUUUGCUUGCCAUUCGUGCAGAGCUACCCAGCGAAUCUGAUGGGGACGAUAUGUCUUCUGAUGGCGACUCAGCAACUGACUCAACCUUCACUAGCCAACUGUACCUCUUCGAGGCAGUUGGCAGCAUUUGUGGGGCGGGUGGUGUCCCAUCUGAUAAACAGGUUCAAUAUAUCCAAGCCAUAAUGCAACCGCUUUUCACAGACAUCGAGCGCAACCUCGAGCCAGCACGUUCGGGUGGCGAACUUGCAAUCGUUCAAGUUCAUCACGGCAUUAUGGCCCUCGGAACAAUUGCUCGAGGAUUCUCCGACUUCAUACCUGGAGCAGGAGGACAAGGAGGCGGAACAGAGCCUUCCCUACAAGCUCGACAGGCAUUUACCCAGGUUUCUGAGGUCACGCUUGUUGCCUUGUCAGCCUUGAAGACUUCUUUCCUCAUCAGAACUGCGGCUCGUUUUGCUUUUUCUCGUCUGAUUGGGCUUGUCGGUACACAGAUGAUGCGGCAGCUCUCGCAAUGGGUUGAUGGCUUACUUACCGAAACCUCUUCGCGCGACGAGAUGGCUUUGUUCCUUCGGUUGCUUGACCAAGUUAUCUUUGGUUUCAAACUGGACACACAAGCCUUCCUAGAUACCUUAUUUUCUGGCUUGAUACAGCGUGUCUUCGCCGGGAUCUCAACUGCCACUUCAGGAACCGAUGAUGAGAUCGAAUUAGCAGAACUCAAGAGAGAAUACCUCAAUUUUCUCCUCGUGAUUUUAGGAAAUGAUCUCGGGGGAAUACUCAUCAGUAACACGAACCAGCCAAUCUUCGAAUCCGUGAUCAGCUCUAUCGAGCAUCUUGCGCGUGAUGUUGAAGAUUUCCCAACUGCAAAGAUGGCCUUCCUACUACUCGCAAAGAUGUGCACGGUCUGGGGUGGACCUGAUGUGGGAUCUUCUCAGACGCAGAUCGCCACAGAUGUAACUAAUCCUCAACCUGUACUGCCUGGUUUCGAUCAAUUCAUGAUCACUCGCUUCUCUCCCCUUUGCUGGGCCCUGCCUACAAACCCAGCAUUUAAUACCAAGGAUGCACAAGCAAGGCAGGCACUCUCUGAAGCUGCUGGACUGCAAAAGACAAUUUACCUUAAGACAGGCCAGCAGUAUCUGACAUGGUUGCAGGAGAACGAGCUGAGGACAAUGGGGAUGAACAACACGAUGAUCAGUGACUACCUCCAAAAGUUGGCAACCUUGGAUUUGAAAAAUUUCAAGACAUUCUUUCCUAAGUUUAUCGCACAAGGGGGCCAAAUGUGA